UACGUUUUCCAUUUUCUAUACCUAAACUAGUAACCUUUCCCUUUAAAAUGCAGGUAAAUGGGAGCAUAAUAACAAUAAUCUCCAACCAUAAAUAACGUACCAAUUCAACUCAGCUCAACUCAUCAACGAGAGAUCAGAGGUCACCAUCAAGAAUCCAACUUGGUAUCAUGGAAGAAUCUGAGACAUAUUAUCCCAGAAGAGUCUCCUCCUCCUCGGUGGCCCCGCCGCCGUCGUUUGGGUCGGAAACCACCACUAGCGUCCACGUGACGGCGCUGGACGGGCUGGUGAACGUGAACUCGCUCUUCACAGUCGCCGUCUUUGUGGGCCUAUCUCUCACUGUUCCCGGGCAGAGAAGCCUGGAGGAGAGGACGGCCUGCGACGCCGGCAUCGACGUGGUGAAGAAGCUUCUGGUCUUUGAGGUCGUGUCUUUUAGCUUCUUCCUUUUCUCUUCCCUGGUGGCCCAGGGCCUCAAACUCGCCAUUAAUCUUUUGAACAGCAAAGAUGUCGAUGAGGCCUUCAGGGCACACGUCAACUCCAAGGUCUUGAGGCUUGGGAUGAUGGCUUCUGCGGCGGGGUCUGUGAUGGGGUGCUUGUUCUUGAUGCUUUCUAUGGCGAAUGUGAUAGAGAUCAGGCUGGGGAUGUUGUCUUGUGGCAGUAAAUCUGCGGUUCGUUCUGUCUCGGUCUUGGUUGUUCUUGCCACUUCUGGGCUCCUUGUUUAUAUUUCCACUGCUGUGUAUGCUUUUCUGCAAUGAAUUCAACCCAAAAAUAUUGCAACUCUUUUAUUCUCC